UGUUUGUUCCUUUAAUAUGAGUACCCCCACACCAUUUCCGAUUAACUCUGAUCUGGGAAAUGUCGAACGUUGUGGUUUUGGACAACGGCGGCGGGCUAGUGAAGGCUGGUAUCGGGGGAGAAAGAGACCCAACAGCUAUUGUCCCAAACAGUAUGGGUCGUCCUCUUUCUUCCAAGAAAUGGCUUAUUGCUGACCAACUUCUUUCCCCUGACAUCGACCUCACUUCCGCCACUGUCCGCCGCCCUUUCGACCGUGGUUACCUUAUCAACCCUGAUCUGCAAUCUUCCCUUUGGUCUCACAUCUUUUCUAACCUUCUCAAAAUCACUCCACAACAAUCCUCUCUCCUUCUUACUGAACCCCUUUUCAAUCUCCCUUCUAUACAGCGCUCUCUCGAUGAGAUUGUCUUUGAAGAUUUCAAUUUCAAGGCCCUUUAUGUGUCGGAUUGCCCCUCCCUGGUCCAUCUUUAUGAGGCCUCUCGUCGGCCUUAUGGGCUUCUAUCAAAAGCCCAGUGUAGCUUAGUUGUCGACUGUGGAUUUUCUUUUACUCAUGCUUCCCCUGUGUUUCAGAAUUUUACAUUGAAUUAUGCUGUGAAAAGGCUUGACCUUGGUGGCAAAGCUUUGACUAAUUACUUGAAGGAGUUGGUCAGUUAUAGGAGUGUUAAUUUGAUGGAUGAAACUUUCCUUAUGGAUGAUGUUAAGGAGAAACUUUGCUUUGUCUCUUUGGAUGUUCCCAGGGACUUGCACAUUGCUAGGAAACCGGGAAAGGACAAUUUGUUUAGGUGCACAUAUGUGCUUCCUGACGGUAUUACACAUACUAAGGGUUUUCUAAAAGAUCCUGAAGAACCAAAGAGAUAUCUAUCUUUGUAUGAUAAAGCUCCGCAGCAAGUAGCAGGAGAACAAAAUAAUAUGGAUCAGCUCGAGGACAGGAAAAGAAGCAACGGAUCAAAAAUUGAUUUGGCAAAAAAUGAAUUUGGCUUGACAAAUGAGCGGUUCCUCGUCCCAGAGAUGAUGUUUCGUCCAGCUGACUUGGGACUGAAUCAGGCUGGAAUUGCAGAGUGCAUUCUUCAAGCUAUAAAUUCCUGCCAUCCUCAUCUUCACCCUGUCCUCUAUGAGAGCAUCAUUCUGACGGGUGGCACUACUUUAUUUCCUCAUUUUGCCAAAAGACUGGAGAUGGACCUUCGGCCUCUUGUCCCAGAGAAAUAUCGUUUAAAGAUUACGACUCAAGAAGAUCCUAUUCUAGGUGUUUGGCGUGGAGGCUCACUCUUGGCAUCAAGUCCUGACUUUGAUGCAAUGUGUGUCACAAAAGCUGAAUAUGAGGAGCUGGGAUCAGCAAGAUGUCGAAAGAGAUUCUUCCACUAACUUUUUGUGUAUUCUGACAAUACUAUUGAAGUUUACAAUUCUACUCCUGUUCAUCGUUGGUGUUAUGGAGGGGAGAUUUUAGGAUGGUCCCCUGCCUCUGCAGUUGCUAAUGAACGAAAUAUGGGUGUGUUAAAUAUGUAUUUGUUCUGAAAUAAUUCUUUUUCUAGUCA